CCCCUGCCCAGUGGAUGCGAGGAGGUGUUUCUGUGCACACGGGGGCAAGUAGUGUAGGUGCCCCUGACAAGCUGCUCGAUAAAGUCCGUUUUUGCCCCGUGUCUUCUGUUACCACCUCGUCUUUGUUGGGGGGUUCAGCAGAACAUCUCCCCUCCGCACAGGAAUCUGCCCGUGUCACUGCUGGGGCUGGCACUCUCAUGUCUGCCUGUUGAUAAGAUCGCUGAUUACUCGUCUUGUGAUUGAUUCUUGUGUUAGAAUAUUUUGCUGAAGCUUAUAAAAGGAUGUCUUCGUUUGCAGGAGAUCUAAGCAAAGCAAUGUCUGCCGGCGGGGUGUCUCAUUUUCAACAAGCCAUCCGGCAGGAACUGGAGGAGGCCAUGAAGGCGGACCUGGAAAGGAUAUUAUCUACAGCUCCUGAAUCGGAACUAGAGCACAUUAAGAAAGAUAUUGAUGGGUUCCAGAGCUUGUUUCAUAGAUUCCUGCAAGAAAAAGGCCCAUCUGUUGAUUGGGGAAAGAUUCAGAGACCACCGGAGGAUUCUAUUCAGCCGUACGAGAAGAUUAAAGCAAAGGGAAUUCCGGAUAACAUAGCAUCUGUGUUGAACAAGCUGGUUGUUGUGAAACUAAAUGGAGGUUUGGGUACCAGCAUGGGCUGUAAGGGCCCAAAAAGUCUUAUUGGAGUCCGUAAUGAAAACACCUUCCUUGAUCUCACUGUAAAACAGAUAGAGCAUUUAAAUGUAACAUACAACACAGAAGUACCUUUGGUUCUGAUGAAUUCCUUCAACACUGAUGAAGACACAAAGAAAAUUCUCCAGAAAUACAGUCACUGUCGGGUGAAGAUUUAUACGUUUAAUCAGAGCAGGUAUCCAAGGAUUAAUAAGGAGUCAUUACUGCCAAUAGCCAAGGAUUUGUCAUAUUCUGUGGAAAAUGCGGAGACUUGGUAUCCACCAGGUCACGGCGACAUCUAUGCCAGUUUUUAUAAUUCUGGCCUUUUGGACAGAUUCUUACAAGAGGGGAAGGAAUAUAUUUUUGUUUCCAACAUUGACAAUCUGGGAGCUACAGUGGACCUCCACAUCCUCAACCACCUUAUGAAUCCACCAAACGGGAAGCGCUGUGAAUUUGUCAUGGAAGUUACAGACAAAACAAGGGCAGAUGUGAAGGGUGGCACGCUCACUCAGUACGAAGGGAAACUGAGACUGGUGGAAAUUGCACAAGUCCCGAAAGCUCACGUUGAUGAGUUUAAAUCCGUGUCCAAGUUUAAGAUCUUCAACACAAAUAAUUUGUGGAUAUCAUUGUCUGCUAUCAAAAGGCUGCAGGAAGCAAAUGAAUUGGAUAUGGAAAUCAUUGUAAAUCCCAAGACUUUAGAUGGAGGAUUAAAUGUCAUACAGUUGGAGACGGCUGUAGGAGCAGCGAUCAAAAGCUUUGAGAAUUCACUGGGUAUCAACGUUCCCCGAAGCCGUUUCCUUCCCGUGAAGACCACAUCAGACCUCCUGCUUGUUAUGUCCAACUUGUACAGCCUUAACGCUGGCUCUCUGACGAUGAGUGAGAAGCGGGAGUUCCCUACAGUGCCUCUGGUUAAACUGGGAAGCUCAUUCACUAAGGUUCAAGACUACCUGAAGCGUUUUGAGAGUAUACCAGACAUGCUUGAACUGGAUCACCUCACAGUGUCCGGAGACGUGACAUUUGGCAAAAACGUUGCACUAAAGGGCACAGUGAUCAUAAUUGCAAAUCACGGUGACAGGAUAGACAUCCCUCCUGGAGCCGUACUAGAAAAUAAAAUCGUGUCCGGAAACCUGCGUAUCCUGGACCACUGAGCCUCGGCCCAUUUUAUACAUGAUGUACAGUACAUGUGAAUGAGUCCAACGUAGAGGGCUGGAAUUGAAGUGAUAAACGCUCCGUCACCUUCAGAGCCAAAUACCUUCCAGUAUUGUGGUUUGUCUGUGCUCUAUAGAAUAUAUUUAAUAAAAUCCCUAAGUAUUUGGAAGCAAUACAUAAAGAUAAAAUUAAAAAGAUUUACUGUUAAUGUUGAAGGCAAUUUUAAGUGCAAUAUUAUCCUCCCCUGUGAAGAAAUAAUAAUAAAAAGAUAAUUUACUAUU